AUGGAUUUGGAGUCAGCGCUGAAGGAAUGCUCCUCUGCACUCGACCUUUUUCUGAACAACAGGUUCAUGGACGCAUUGGCUCUUCUGAAACCCUGGAAGAAUCAGAGCAUGUAUCAUGCGAUGGGCUACAGCAGCAUCCUGGUGAUGCAGGCAGCCAUGACCUUUGAACCAAAGGACAUAGAUACUGCCAUGGCAUCGCUCAGGGAAUCCCUGCAGACCUGUGAAAAAUUUCGGAAGAAGGUUGGGUUAAUGGAGAGCAUAGCCAACUUCUGGAACAGACAGUCGACUGAUAAACUGACCGAGGAGGAGAUGCACGCUGAGCUGUGCUACGCUGAAGUCUUGCUGCAAAAAGCUUCUCUCACGUUCCUGGACGAAAGCAUCAUCGGCUUCAUCAAAGGAGGAAUGAAAAUCCGUAACAGCUAUCAGAUUUACAAGGAUUGCCAGACCAUGAUAAACAGCUUGGAGGACAAGGAGAAACAGAAACAAACGUACGUUCAUUUCACAGGAGGGGUCAGCAUGGGUAUCGGAUCAUUUAAUUUGAUGCUCUCACUGCUUCCAUCCAGAGUCCUCAGACUGAUGGAGUUUCUGGGCUUCUCAGGAGACCGGGAGAUGGGUUUGUCAGAGCUGAGAUCGGGAGCAGCGAGUAACAGCUUGCGCUCCAUCCUGAGCACGCUCACUCUGCUGAUGUUUCACCUCUACAUCACUGUAAUACUCGGAACGGGAGAUGGAAACCUCAGUGAGGCCGAGUCUCUGCUGGAGCCCUACUCCAAAAAGUUCCCCAAUGGAGCUCUCAUGCUUUUCUACACUGCAAGAAUCGCUGUGCUCAAAGGAAACUUCACAUUUGCUCAGGAGAAGUUCCUGGCCUGCAUCGCCUCGCAGGAGGAGUGGCGGCAGAUUCACCACCUGUGCUACUGGGAGCUGAUGUGGGCCUACUCCUUUGAGCAGAAAUGGAAAGAGGCUUAUCGAUACGCCAACUUCCUCUGCAAGGAGAGCAAGUGGUCUCAGGCAAUAUAUGUAUAUCAGAAAGCCUCCAUCUUGAGCAUGCUACCUGAGGAAGAGGUUAAUAAACUGGGUGAAAAUGUGGUGGACUUAUUCAGGCAGGUGGACAGUCUCAGACUGAGAAUUGCUGGGAAGUCGAUUCCUACGGAGAAGUUUGCAGCAAAGAAGGCCCAGAGAUAUUCCUCCUCUGUCCCUGUGAAACUCGUCGUCCCUGCUUUGGAAAUGAUGUACGUCUGGAAUGGAUUCACAGUGGUGGGCAAAAGACCCGGCCUGACUGAAAGCAUCCUGUCCACCCUGGAGAAAGCAGAGGAGCAGCUCAAAAAUGAGCAAAACCCGUCAGAGUACCACUUGGACGACCAGUGUCUGGUCCAGCUGCUGAAGGGCCUGUGUCUGAGGGAGCUGGGCCGUCUGGUUCAGGCCGAGAUCUGCUUCAAUCACGUCAUUUCCUGUGAGAAUGAUAUUAAGCAUGACAACUAUCUGGUACCCUUCACCAUGUAUGAGCUGGGUCUUUUGCACAGACAGAAGGGCGACAUCAGCAAGGCGAUCACUAUCAUUGAAAAUGUCAAGAUGAACUACAAAGACUACAACAUGGAGUCGAGGCUACACUUCCGCAUCCACGCAGCUCUGAAUACCAUGGGAACCUUUGCUGCCAAACUUCCUCCCUCGCGAACGCCAGCUUAG